GACACAGGAAGUUCCGCAUUACGGCUGUGGUGAAGUGUUGCCAUAACAGGCAAGCGGCUAACGCUAAUGUUUGCUAAUAAUUAGCACGAUAGGUGUCAGUGUUGUGUGUGUGAGUGUUCCAGUCUGAACCAUGGAACAGUGUGCAUGUGUGGAGCGGGAGCUGGAGAAAGUUCUCCAUCGCUUUGUGAUGUACGGCCACCAGUCUGAAGAGAGGCUAGACGAGCUCCUGCGCAGCGUCUGUGAGAUACGAGGACAGCUAGUUGCGUUUGGAGUACAAGAUGCAGACUUAUCGGUCUUAUCCCAGACUAUGGCCCAGUGUUGUAAGAAUAUCAAAGAAACAGUGCAGAUGCUAGCCUCCCGACAUAAGGACAUCCAUGGCAGCGUGUCAAAAGUGGGCAAAGCCAUUGACAGAAAUUUUGAUGCAGAAAUCAGUGCUGUGGUGGCAGAGACAGUGUGGGACACCCCAGAAAGACAGAAAUACCUGAGUGAGACAAUUGUGGAGCACCUGUACAGACAAGGGAUGCUCAGUGUAGCAGAGGACCUGUGUCAGGAGUCUGGUGUAGUUAUAGAUAUGAGUAUGAAGCAGCCUUUUCUGGAGCUGAACAGGAUCCUUGAAGCUCUGAGGAUGCAGGACCUCAGACCGGCACUAGAGUGGGCCGUGACGAAUCGGCAGCGCCUUCUGGACCUAAACAGCAGUUUAGAGUUCAAGCUGCACCGCUUGUAUUUCAUCAGUCUGCUCAGCGGAGGAAUCAGCAACCAAAUGGAGGCCCUGCAGUAUGCCCGGCACUUUCAGCCCUUUGCUUCUCAGCACCAGAGAGAUAUCCAGAUCCUGAUGGGCAGUCUGGUGUAUCUGCGCCAUGGUAUUGAGAACUCUCCGUACCGCAGUCUGCUGGAGACAAAUCAGUGGGCAGAGAUCUGCAACAUCUUCACCAGAGAUGCCUGCGCUUUACUGGGCCUCUCCGUAGAGUCUCCGCUAAGUGUUAGUUUUGCAUCAGGCUGUAUGGCCUUGCCGGUGCUGAUGAACAUCAAGCAGGUGAUAGAGCAGAGACAGUGCAGCGGAGUCUGGACACACAAAGAUGAGCUGCCUAUUGAAAUUGACCUCGGAAAGAAGUGCUGGUACCACUCCGUGUUCGCUUGCCCCAUUCUUCGGCAACAGACCUCAGAGAGCAACCCUCCCAUGAAGCUCAUCUGUGGCCACGUCAUCUCCAGAGAUGCCCUCAACAAACUGACUAACGCUGGAAAGUUGAAGUGCCCGUACUGCCCCAUGGAGCAGAAUCCGUCACAUGCCAAGCAGAUCUACUUUUGAUACCGCACACUCUCCUCACGAGUAAGGAUGAAGUUCCCUGGAGCUCUUUGCGUUUCCAGGACCAUUUGCUCUGGCCCUUUUCCUCUGUCCCUGGCCUCUUGGCCUGUUAUUGUAAGCAUUAAGGUUUUAUCCCAGUGCUCCUCUGGACAGCCUUGGCCAUCCCAUAACCCACCUCGGACCCUCCAACUUUGCGUAGUACACAGAGCCCAGCGGAGAUGGUCCGGCUACAACCUGUAGUAGAGCGAGGAGUCUGUCAGUAAUGAGAACAUCUUCACGAAGAAGCACCUCUGAAAAAGGAUAAUUCAUUGAAACUCAUUUGCAAAUGCCUGCAGAGUUAUAGGCUUAUCUUUUUAAAUAUGUAAUACUUUAUAGUGUUUGUUUUCUUGGUUUUAUUGACUGCUUGAGUUGGAUGACUGCUUCUUGUUUUUGUUUUUGUUUUUUUUUUUCCUUUUCCUGACAGAAGCAGUUCAUUGAUUAUGGAUGGGUGAGUGUGGGGUAAACGGCAUGGAUAGUUUUCUGACUUCAGGGUGGUAAUAAACUUCUAUUAUACAUGAGAAACACCACAGAGUAACAAACCGUGUAGUAGGUUUAUUAUUUGCUGGUGAGGGGGAACUGUUGAGGUCUGACUUGAAUGGAACUCUUGAUUGUGACCCAUUACUCCUCCAUAAUGUAAUAAAGGCCUCACGUAGCUUGAAAGUCACUGUUGGCUGAUGUAUCCAUUUGAUCAGUAGAACAAUUAACUAACUCAUCAAUGGUGGAACAGCUUUUUUUUUUUUUUUUUUCUUGUGACUGACUGCACCAGCAAGAUUUUCCUCAUUAUAGAAGCCAUUUGUCUUGUUCUAUGUAUGUAUUUAACAAACAACGACAAAAAAAAAAAAGGAAACUAAAAAUAUAUACUACUGUGAAAUGUGCUUUGUUUCUAUUUUUCAUCGCAACCGCCAGAACGGCUCAUGUAAAAUAGUAAAUGAAACUGAAGAGCAACGUGCAUAAUCAACACUACUGCGUAACUUUCGGAACUAACCUCUCGACAGCUCACGUCACGGCUGUGCCAUCGCCUCACUCUGCCCUCGCGUUGUGUUUCCUAAGCUUGCGCGCCAUGUGACUUGGAGAUGUGAAGUGGUGUGAUGGUAGCCGUAUGGUCUGACUUGCAGUGACUGUAGGCUUGUGAUUCAGCUUUACUCGUCGUGGGUGGGAGGGGGUGGGGUU